UUAUAAAACAGCGAAUGCAAGUCCAUGGAUCUACACAUAAAAACGUGCUGGCUUGUGCUCGCUCAGUAUAUACAAGAGAGGGCUUGAUAGCCUUUUACGUAUCGUAUCCCACGACAUUAACGAUGACCAUUCCAUUUCAGGUGUUUCAAUUCAGUUCAUAUGAAUAUUUUCGUAAAGUAUUGAACCCUAGUGGUUUCUAUGAUCCAAAAACACAUAUGAUAGCCGGUGGGCUCGCCGGUGCAAUUGCAGCAGCAGCAACAACACCCUUAGACGUUGCCAAAACCUUAUUGCAAACAAGAGGGAAUUCAUCGGAUCCUCGCGUACGGAAUUGCAGUGGUUUAGUAGAGGCGUUUCGAAUAAUUUACGAACAGAAUGGUAU